AUGUGUGAUAGUCGUGCCGAUCUGAGGGGCGAGGACCAAUGUACCCUGUUGCUUUCGCUUCAAGGCCGUCGCCGAUACCUUCCCCUUCAAGACCUUCACCACCGGGCCGUGGGUGCCUCCGCUAUCGAGGUCACCAAGUCCGGCGAGACCGAUCCCGGAUACAUCUUCGUUGGACCGCGCGGGAACCAGGCCAAUGGAACGGCCGCGUUGAUCUACGACGAGAAUGGCGACCUCAUCUACCAGGGUCCCACCGAAGUCACCGCCAACUUCAAGGUCCAGAAGCUGUUCAACGAGGACGUCAUCACCUUCUGGGCCGGCAACAUGAUGGACCUGGGCUUCGGAUACGGCACCGUGCACAUUCUCGACAACACCUACCGCGAGAUCUACACCGUCACCCUCCAGGACAACUUUGUCUCGCCCGACAACGUCGCUCGCGACUCCUACAUCGAUCUCCACGAGAGCCACGUCACCAACCGCAACACCCUGCUGGUGACCGCCUACAACGUGACCCAGCAUGACUUGACCCCUAUCGGUGGAAAAGUGGAUGACUUCAUGCUGAACGGCAUGUUCUACGAGAUUGACAUCGCGACCAACGAGAUCAUCCACUCCUGGAGCGCCCUCGACCACCUCGAUGAGAUCCCCCUCACCAAAUCCAAACAGGGUAUGGCUGACGACCAGGGCACGCAAGAGACGCCCUGGGACGCAUAUCAUAUCAACUCGGUGGAACUCAUGGACGACGGCUAUAUCAUCUCUCUGCGUCACUACUGGUCGGGAUUCUACGUCCACAACAACGGUUCCGUCAUGUGGCAGUUCAGCGGUGAGAAAGGCGUCGGGGACUUUGCGAUCGAUGACAACGGGGUGUUCUCCUGGCAGCACGAUAUCCGCAUCUACAACGAGACCGACGACAGCAUGGUGCUUUCGUUGUUCAACAACGCCAACACCCCUACGGAUGAGGUCGCCGCGACCACCGGUCUGGCUUACGCCGUCAACAAGGUGAACCGCACCGCGACCACGAUCCGCGUGCUGAGCGACUCGGAUGAUGUGAUCCACAGCGUCAGCCAGGGCAGCUAUCACCUCAUGAGCCCGCAGAGCAACCACGUCGUCAUGGGCUACGGUUCCAUCGCCAAGGUCAAGGAGUUCGACGCCAACAACAACGAAGUGCUGACCGCCAAAUUUGGUGACGACAACGCCGUUGCGUCGUACCGGGGUUACAAGUGCCCGUGGAAGGCCACUCCCUUCUGGAGCCCGGCCGUGGUGGCGGAACGCACCUCGUCCGACUCUGCCCGCAUCUACAUGAGCUGGAACGGUGCCACCGAGUAUGAUAACUGGGCCAUCUACUCGGCUCCUUCGGCGGAUUCGACUAACAACAACUUUGUGACCUCGGUUUCUCGGGCCGGCUUCGAGACAUCCGCCGACGUGGGCAGCCUGAAGACCCCUUACAUCCAGGUGGUGGCUCGCAAGGGCCAGGUUCCGCUCGGUACUUCCGAGAUUGUGACUUUUUAG